CCCUUCGCGCAGAGAUCUUCGCUUUGGUAACUCUGGCGCCUUCCGAUUUCACAAUUCCUCUUCCCGAUAAGAUUUCGCUAUGAUACCGUGGGCAAUGUUUACGCAGCGAUUUAAGAUUUCUAGGAAUCAAUAUAUAAACAAUUGGUAAAACAAAUGAUAAAUCUCUAUUCUUCUUCUAUGCGUCCUGAAAUCCAACAGGUGAAAGCAGUGCGAUUCUAUGGGCACGGUCAUUAUAUUUGCGCAUGAAAGACUGCAAAUAUUACAUCACACAUUGCAUGGUUUAAAACGAGGUCGUAAUACUGGUGACCGAGGGAAAGUACAUUUACUGCUUUUCGUUUGACAAGUUGUAAGCAACCAGUACGAAUUUCUGCUACCAUUGGCUACUUCAUCUAAACGCUCCUAAUUAAGUAUCUUGAUACUCCCGUAUAAACAGUGUAGUUUUACGUGGACUAAUUUCAUUUUCUUUCAUUCUGUUAGGGUACCUGGAUUUUGUUCAAAUUGAAAGAAGAAUAGCAAAGGUAUAAAAUAACGAUAGAGUUGGAAAAGAAGAGACGAGUGUCCGGUACUGUAUUUGAGUUUCAUACCGCAUAAGGAAAACCUGAAGAAGGCAGGGACAGUGGAAGAAACUUGUAGAAGGAGAAAAAGAAGAAGGUGGCAAGAGCGUCCGAGUUACACGGGACAAAGAUUCGAUGAAAGGUGAAUGAAAGAUGCAGUCCAAGUUGGUAAGACAGGGUUUGGUUUUUCUAAUCCUCAUUGGCCUCUGGGUGAUUGAGGCUAAGCGUUCCGGAAAACUUCUGACAUUGAGAAACCGACCUCUGCUUCGUCGAACGGAUAUUAAUCGUCAGGACUUGAAACCGAAAAUUUGCUACGAUUUAGUCGGAUGUUUCGCGGAUCCUCCGCCUCGUUUGACACUGAAACGACCACCGGAGCAUCCAAAUGUGAUUCAGACAAGGUUUUUAUUGUACACUCGUACCAGGCGAGAAUCACCGGACAGUCUGCAGUACGGCGAUGACUUUACAUCGAUUUUGCAUUCACGAUUCAACACCUCCAAGCCGCUGAAAGUUAUAAUACAUGGGUACAAGGGGAGCGGAAGUGACGUUGGUGCGAUACUCCUGGUACAGGCUCUUCUGAACUUGGAAGACACAAGCGUCCUGGUUCUCGACUGGACCAGAGGAGCUGCGACGACUUAUCAAGCAGCAGUGGCAAACACCGAGCUCGUAGGUCGCCAAUUGGGUCUGGUCCUAUUGGAUGCCAUUCACCUAGGCACUCUUCCUAAAAACAUUCAUAUAAUUGGCUUUAGUCUCGGAGCCCACGUGGCUGGCUGCGCUUCCGAGAUUCUCAAGAAGAGGAAUAUCCUCCUUGGUCGUAUCACCGGUCUAGAUCCUGCAUCGCCAUUUUUCAGAAACCAUCUGUUCAGGGAAAAGUCCAGGAAAUUGGACGCAACUGACGCUCAACUGGUAGACAUAAUCCACACUGAUGGAUCCGAGGACUUUGCUGACGGUUUUGGACUCCUGAAGCCUCUGGGUCACAUCGAUUUCUUUCCUAACGGCGGUAGAGAACAGCCUGGCUGCGUUGAUGUGAAGAACUCCGUUGUCGUUAGUCAUUUAAACGAGGAAAUGCUAACUAAGGAGAUAGCUUGCAGCCAUUUGAGAGCGUGGUCGUUGUUUUUGGAGAGUAUGCACAUGACGAAUGAAUCUUGCAAAUUCAACGCCUGGCCCUGUCCUCAAGGGAGAAAUUCCUAUAUAAACGGAAUCUGUUUCCCAAUGGAGUCCACUAUGUGGUCCCAAGAGAUGGGCUAUAAUGCCAACCUUGGCCCUUUAGGAAUUUAUUAUUUGCCUACCCGAGAAGAGGAACCGUUUUGUGGGCAAUCUCUGAGAGCAUCGGUUACCGUUUCUGAUGAAGGAACGAAAACGUCUGGAAUGUUGUUUUUGAAGAUGGAACAACGUAAUUCGACGAUAAUCUUCAAGCUUCAAUACACAGCAACGAAGCGGAGAAACAAACCGAUGACGUUUUACAACAUUGCUGCAGCGAAAUUUCAAUUUUUAUCGAAUAAUCAAAUUGCGAUAAGAGCACAGAUUUGGUAUCAAGCAAACAGGGAUGAAGAAAACGAAAAUGUAAUUAAGAAGCCUAAUUCGGAUACUUUAUUCAUAGAUAAGAUUGCAAUUGAGGAUAGAAAAAACAACAGAUGGGAAUAUUGUGGUUCAAAUACAAGUAUAAAUUUACAUGGUAGAACUGUGCUGUUGCAACGAGGAGAAUGCAACGUUUUGUGAAAAAAAAGUUUUUCUUAACCUUAAAAAUAUAAAAUGAUUAUAUCUAAAGUGUAGAAUAUAAACCCGAAUUAAAUGAUUAUCUAUUCCUUUUUAAUAUUAAUUUGUAUCAUUGUUCCUUCUGCUACGAUAUAAUUGUCUAAUU